ACAUCAUGAACAAGGAAGUUGAAAACUUGAAAAGCCCGGAUAAUGGAUCUAGGAAGAAGGAAGUUUUAAAACUUUUUCGAACAACUUUUGAAGUAACUUACAGGGAAAGAAUCCAAGAUGUCCCUUUUUCAUGAAAACAUACGACAGAUACUUAAUGAGGUGGAGAAGUUUCUGAAUGAAACUUUGAAGAAAGAUGGCAAGUUAAGUAAGAAAACACUGGAACACAAACAGCUUAUCCUGGACAAACUGAGCAAGCUUUAUGAGGAAAACCCACAGAUAAAACCAGUCCCUAGCACCGAUUCUAUGAAUGUGAAAGAACCAGAUGAGGCAUCUUUAACAGGCAGCUCAAGAUCGGAUGAAAAUGAAGACGCCAAUUACAAUGAUGCUGGUAUUGGUCUGAUAGCUGCGACUGAUCUGAAGGAACCUGUGCUCUCCGGCUUUCUGGAAAAGAAACAGAAAAAAGGUAUAUUUGGUGGUGGCAAGUUUCAAAAAAGAUGGUGUAUUGUACAUGCUGGUAAUUUCUACUACUACACAAGUGCAAAGGACAAGCAACAGAAUGGCUCUUUUAUACUGGAAGGCUACAAGUUCAGAAAUGCACCAGAUUUAUCCAGUAAAAAAGCAGAGAAGGAACUAUGUUUUGAGCUGUACCAUGAUUAUACAGGCAAACGUGUAUAUCAGUUUAUGGCAAAGAACAAGACAGAGUAUGAGGAAUGGCAGCAUGUGUUGGAGAAUGGAGGACACCCAUUGAUAGAAGAGGACAUCUAUGAGGAAGUAGGUGCAGAUGAGCAGCCAGCGUCGCCAGUUGGAAGUUCGCAGCCAACUGGUAUAUCAGAAACACCACAUAUAGAGGUACAAGAUUCUGCGGGUGAUGUUUAUGAGGAUCCUGAUAGUGACCUCCCACCCCCUCCACCUCCUUCUCUGAAAGGUCUGCAUAACAAACCUCCGCCUCCGCCAGUAUCGAAAUCACCAGUAAUGAAACCAAAAGUUGAAGAGAAUGUUAAAAAUGAACCAAUAGCUGAAGAGUCUGAUGAACUUUAUGAUGAUGCUACUAGUGUAGAAGUGGCGAAGAAAAGUGGACCCCCUACCCCUGUUCGUGGAAAACCUCCACCCCCAGAACCUGUUGAAACAUCAUCUCAGCCACCAGAAAUUCCUCCUCCAGUAAAGAGAGGUAAUAGACCCCAGAGAGAUCUGCCACCACCUCCUCCAGAAAAGAAAAAGAUCAAACUGAACAUUACUUGCAAACCGGAGGAAGACUUUGAAAACCGCUUCUAUGGAAAAUGGGAUUGUAAUGGGGAUAGCUCAAGUGAACUCACUUUCAAGAAGGGGGAUAUUAUUUACAUUCUGAGUAGAGAAUUUGAUGAAAAAUCAUGGUGGGUUGGUGAGCUGAAUGGAAAAUUUGGGCUGGUCCCAAAAAAUUUCUUGACACCAGCUUAUUCCCUUAUUGCAUAAAGAGCUUAAAUGUGCUUAUAUCAAGAAUUAAUAAUCAAUUAGCAUUAGAUAGCUGAUCUGUACUUAACUGCUUGUUUGGACAAAAUGCCUGUCUUUUGUCUUAGUGAUGUCAUAAUUAGUGCCAUGACUCAAAAUACAUCAAAAUAUAAAUUCAGGAAUAAUAAGUCAUUAUCAUUCUAAAUACAUGUGUAACAUAAAGCAUGACUGAAUUUCUUCUCUUAGCACACAUUUCUUUUGCAUAACUAUUGCUUUCGAGAUUUUACAAACUGCACAAGUGUAUUUACAUCUAAUUAACUUUCUGAAUCUUUUUGUUUAUGCUUUUUACAUACAGUUACUAGAUAAUAAAAACAUUUUUAUUGACCUGACAAAAUAUCAAGGCAUGCCCCUUAGCUGAAACACAAUGGUUUCAGUCUGAAAAACAAUGGUGUCAACCUGAAACACAAAGGUGUCAGUCUGAAACUCAAAGGUGUCAGUCUGAAACUCAAAAGUUAUCAACUUGAAACACAAACGUGUCAACCUGAAACCCAAUGGUGUCAAACUGAAAAAAAAGGUGUCAGCCUGAAAUGUAAAGGCGUGAACCUGAAAAAAAAAUGUGUCAAACUGAAACACUUUUUUUUUUCAACUUUAAAUACAAACCUUAAAAUAAUCAACAAUGAUUUAAGCUAUCUUUUGAAAAUCAAAAAUGUUCAUACUACAAUUGUAGCGACUGGAAGGAUGAUGUGUUUCUGUUGGCUGAAUCUUGUAGAAAAAACACUGUUAUGGAACGGGAGACAAUCAAAAUCCCCUUGAUCAAAAUCCCCUACACUGAAAAAUGACAGGGUGUUACAAAAUCCCCUUCAUACUUUUGCAGGGGGUAUCAUAAUCCCCUCUGAGAUUUUUACUUAUUUCAUCAAGUUCAAAUACAACUAUAUACAACUUAAAAGUCUAUUGCAUAAAGCACGUAAAUACAAUGCCUUUACCAAACAUAAUAUAAUUUGGAGCACUGGUAAUUAUAUAUCUAUAAUGUUAAUCACAGAGGGGAUUAUGAUACCCCCUGCAAAUGUGUGAAGGGGAUUUUGUAACACCCUGUCAUUUUUCAGUGGAGGGGAUUUUGAUCAAGGGGAUUUUGAUAUACACUCUUAUGGAACUGUAGGUUGAUACAACUUUUAAGGACACUCCAGUUGUUAAUGUGACUAUAUUUAUGUCUUCUGAACUAUUGUUGCUUAAGCUUUACUUUUGUUGUCCAUUUAUUAAUAAGUAGACUAGCAAUACAUUACAAUCAUGUGUCUUGUUUGUGCAAUAACAUUGAAUUUUUCAGAUUUUAUGUAGAUCUUUAAUAUAUGAAAUAUAUAUAUCUAUAUAGUAAA